AUGUUUUUAUCAUCAGAACAACAAAAUAAUACUUCAACCAAUAAUAACAAUCAAAUUAACACGAUGCUAUCAACAAAUAACAAUGAUAAUAAUCUAUUAUUAUUAUCAUCACCAUCAUCACCUACAUCUACUACAAAUAACAACAAUAAUAAUCUAGAUGAUAAUCUAGAUGAUGAUACAAUUCUAUUGUUAGCUAUUUCUAAUGACAAUGGCGACGACAUUAAUAACAACAAUAAUAAUGUUAAUGUUAUUGACGACAAUGUUCAUUCUACAGCACUUACAACCACACAACUACGCAAGAUCCAAUUUCUACCUUAA